UUCCGAGCGCGAAGGCUCGGCCUCCCACCAGCUACGACCAAUAGGCUGGUAGUGUGGGCGGUGCGCCAUUUGCGGAUUGACAGCUCUAUUGGCCAACCUGUGUGUUCCUCCACGUCGGCAGGGUCGAGGAAGAUGGACGCGGUUAUACUGGACCCCUCAUUGUACACAGUGAAAGCUGUUCUCAUUUUAGACAACGAUGGUGAGAGGCUCUUUGCGAAGUACUAUGAUGAGACCUAUCCCACUGUGAAGGAGCAAAAGUCCUUUGAGAAGAAUAUCUUUAAUAAAACGCACAGAACAGACAGUGAAAUAGCUCUUCUUGAAGGUCUGACUGUGGUAUAUAAGAGCAGCAUCGACCUUUACUUUUAUGUUAUUGGAAGUUCUCAUGAGAACGAGCUCAUGUUGAUGGCUGUUCUGAAUUGCCUUUUCGAUUCAUUAAGCCAGAUGCUCAGAAAAAAUGUAGAGAAGCGAACACUCCUGGAGAACAUGGAAGGACUGUUCCUUGCAGUUGAUGAAAUUAUAGAUGGAGGAGUUAUUUUGGAGAGUGACCCCCAGCAAGUGGUUCAUCGUGUUGCACUGAGGGGUGAUGAUGUUCCUCUUACAGAACAAACGGUCUCUCAGGUAAGAAUCCCUAACUCCAGUACAUCAGACUUCUAA